AUGGCACUCCUAACACCCCAGGGAGUGAAGGAAGUCUUCCAGUUUCAGAAGCCCCAGGGGCGAGAGCAUCUGCGGAGGCUCCUGAAUUGGGAGGACUUUGACGAGCUGAGGGAUGCCCCCCAGAGCAUCCUGCUGGACACCCUCUAUGACAGUGUCAUCUUUGCAGUGGGAAAAGGCUUCCCAUGGGUUGAGGUGGUCCAGGUGGUCAAGUUCACAGAGGAGCUGCUCAAGGAAACCAAAGGUUGCUGUAUCACGGAGGCUGUGACGAUCCUAGGGAACAAGCUUCGGGAUUACCAGAAGCAAUUCAACAUCACUCACCUGCUGGCCCUCUGUGACUAUUUCCACAACACCUUCAUCCGUCACUACAAACUCUACCAGUAUCUCCUGAGCCAGGACCAGGAGGUCAACCUGAGAGUCGCCCAUGUACAAGUGUGCUCACCACCCCAGCCCCUUCCACUGACUGAGGGCGUAGACAGGGACCUGUGGAAGCAUGAGCAGCGGGUGGCCGAGCUGAGCUCAGCGGAGGUGCAAGAGCACGCCAAUGUGCUGCUGCUGAAGGAGACAUUGCGCCUGAAGCAGUUGCACAUGCUGCAAAAGGUCUUCGGGGGCGAGGAGACACCCGUGGAGCUGCAGCCCCGCCAGACACUGAGGAGGGAGGCACUAGAGGGCCUGGUCAGUGAGGCCAUCCACAUCCAGAUCGCGUGCCUGCAGGAACUGCUACAGUACGAGAUCCAGGCCGCCUUCAACAUCCUGGACCUGAGGCUGCAGAAGAAGAGGUUGAGCCUAGGUGCUCCUCCGCCCCCGCUUCCCUCCAUCACUGCAGGCCAGGCGGCCUUUGAGGACUAUCCUAAGCCCAGCAAAGCCAACAAAGGAAAGAAGGCCAAAGCUAAAAAGUAG